AUGUCAAAGACAACAAAAGCAUCAAAACAAAUCAGUUAUUUAACUGACAAACAAUGUUCGACGUUAGAUACUGAAAAUCUCAAAUCAGAUACACAAGUUGAUGAUAUUGUUUUACAGAUUAAAAGAUCAACAUAUUCUUUUAAAGUUCUUGCAUCUUUAAUACUAUGGACUCAUUCAUCAAAAUUUGAUUAUAAUAAAUUACAUGCAUCUAAUAACGAUUCUCCCGAAAUUGAUCAAUUAACAAAUGCAGUAUCAGAUGAUGAUAUUAAUGUUGAAGAAAGUUAUUCAUAUGUUGAUAUUAAAUCUCAAGAAAGCUCUUCAAAUAUAGAUAAUAAACUCGAAAAAAGUUAUUCAAAUGUUGUUGAAAAACAACGGGAUGGUGCCGAACUUCUAUGCAACGACAGCCCAUGUCGCAAAAACCGGAUCAUUUUUAGCGGUAAGCUGCAGUUUACCAGCUAGGAGCCGAUAAAUCGAACAAAACCUGCGGUUUACCGCGGUAAAUCGGAAAAAAGUACCGGUAAACCGCCGGUUUUCACUACAUGGAAAUCUUGGUAAAUCUUUAAAUUAUAAAUACAAUUGACUGUUAGAAACUACUAAUAUAUCAUGUUUCAUUUUUUUUAGCGAUGCAUUAAAAUAAAACUGUUCAUGGGUGGGGUGUGUGGGAUGUGCGUGGGUGAGUGUGGGUGUGGGCGUUGGUUUUUGUGUAGAGAGCACCCACACCCACACACCCACACCUUCUACGGGAUUAGAACGUGAAACAUGAUAUAGGUACUCUUUCUAAUUACAGGGAGAUAACUUUAUUCUAUGCAUCUCAGAACACAUUUCUUCAUCUCUNCAAUUGUAUAUCAAUAUUUCUAACGAUCUGUAAUGCUUUCUCAAGUCGUCUUCUAUGCUCUGUGAUGAGGAGAAGAAAAGAAAAUGCAACUGUGUACCACUAUACACUUCAACACUCCUUUUAGAUAGUGUUUCACAAAAAACAGAUUUGUCACAUCUGGAGAAAAAUCAGACGACUUUUAUCGAAAUCAAGAAUCUAUUUAGCUAUCUUGUUUCGAAUGAAACUAAAAAUUAUAUUCUCAAAAGUGAUAGAUAUUUUCUUGUCUAGUUAGUGA